CAGGCACAAAGGAGAUGGCUGAGUAUGAAAGACCAGAAGAUCAUGUGAAGGACUAUAUUCUCCGAUUCAGCCUUGAUAGAUGUGCUCUUGGAAGCCAAGGCUAUAAUCGAGUUCUUCUACAGUUGUUUGGGUUUAUGGGUCAUGGCAAGUCCUCCCUCAUCAACUCCUGCAAGUAUGUAUUAGGUGAUGGAGACUACAAGGCACGUGCAAAAACAUCAAGGUCCCAUGGUGGGGUCACUGUAAACAGGAAAGCCUAUAGACUCACCCGGACCAUCACUAUUGUGGAUAACAGAGGUUAUUCCAGGUUCAAUGCGUUUGAGACCGGAGAAAUUUAUGCACAAUUGGGAAAUUUCGUCCCACUUAAUGAGAAGGUAGAGUGGACCAAUGACUUUGAGACAAUGAUUUCUAGACUGGAGGACUCAGAAAUGGACCCAAAUUUCACAGACCUAACAGUUCCAAUUUUUGUUUACAGUGUAAAAAAAGGACUUAACGAUGGGGAGAAGAGAGAAACAAAGGAGUUCAUUGAAAACUGCCGACUCAUGACAGGGGUUUACCCCAUUGUGGUCCUUACCCAUAAAAUGUCUGGUGACUACACAAAAGCAGAAAAUGACUUCAAACUGAUGGGAGUGGAACAAAUAAUAAAGCUGGAGAAUUACACAAAAAGAGAUCACCACAAAACAAAGGAGAGGCACAAAGAGCUGUUAAAGUUUCUCUACUGUACAUUGGAAGAUGUCAAGUUCCAAAUGAGAUAUCCAAAGAACCCAAGGAGAGAGAGGAUUGAGAGGAAAAAGUUUUUGAUUAAAUUCCUGCAUGACAGAGACAUGAAGGAGAGAAAGGAGAAGGAUAGGAGAAGGCUAGAUAGGCAAGGAUAUAUGAGGGUCAACUCAACUGGAUUGCUUAAUGUGAUUUAUAAGUGAUACUAAAAUGUUCCACUGGAGUGUGUCACUUUACAUCACUGGUACAUUAUAUGCAGUUUAAAAUU